CUUCGUAGUUCGUAUCAAUAAAAUAAAAAAAUACAUAACCAUUAAAAAAAAAAUGCCAAAAUGGUCAUUAAGUUCUGACUUUUCUUUUAACCAUAAUCCUUCUUCAGUGUGGUCUUACGGCUCAAAGCCUGCUGGCUAUCACGUAACCGGAAUGUUCAGCUUAUUUACACACUUAGAUCUGGAUCCAUAUAAACAUGAAGUAGUCGCCUGGUUUGGGAAGGAUUCCAGUUGGGGACCUCACGCUCUAGGUGUUUAUUAUAACACAAAACCAACAAAUGUUUCCUUAGGCUCUGAUACAGAAUUUAUUGCUAACGGUGUGGCCAUGCAUCCAGACUACAAUGGUAGUUUCUCUGUGGUGAGAUUCGCUGCACCAAAGGAUGGAAAUUAUGUCCUAGACGUAAUUUUUACACAUAUUGAAAAUUGUGCACAACAUUCUGGAGUUUAUAUAAUAUAUAAUAACGUAACGCUUUGGGAAAUAGACCUAAACGGUCCCAAUGAUUCAAAAUCGUUCAAAACAAUUGAUAGUGGGAUUCCUAUAAGAGCAAAUGAGCAUAUCGAUUUCAUUAUAGGCGUAGGUCUAGAUAAUAGUUUCGUUUGCGAUAUGACUCUUGCUCAAUUGGAUAUUCAUUUGUUAGAAAAUCAAACAGAAUUUCCCAUAAUUGCUGGAUCAAUCGGAUUCGGAUUUAUACUAGGUAUUAUUAUUAGUGCUAUUUUGUUUCAUAUCUAUUACCGAUAUCGUGAGAAUAGACGAAAUGUUAAUGUCGGUUAUCAGGCUAUCAACUAAGUGCGAAUUGCGAGUUUAAGAUGAUUUCUUUUCUAUUUAUUUUAUCUUUUAAAAAAUUA